GGAAGGUGGAACAUCGGAUCAUCCGCAACAAACAGGUCAUGUCUGUGAAGAUGGAGAUGGAUCUCAGUGGCGUGUCCAGGACUCGUGUCUCCAUCUGUCCAGCAGCUGAGGUCACGGCCACGCUGAAGCCCGAGGCCGAGCGCCCUCGCUGCGCCAGCACGCCAUGUUCCCCCAUCAGAGGGACGGUGGCCGGGUACCAGAUCCUGCACAUGGACUCCAACUACCUGGUGGGCUUCACCACGGGCGAGGAGCUGCUGAAGCUCGCCCACAAGUGGUCGGAAGGCGCUCCAGAGAAGGGCUCUGUGUCGGAGGCGGUGACCAGCCCCACCAAGAGCUCCGCCCUCAAGGCCGGGGACCCGGGCGUCCACCGGUCAGCACGACUCUUCAAGGGGAAGAGCCGCUACUACCAACCCUACGACAUCCCGGCCGCCAACGGGCGCCGGCGCAGGCGCAUGCCGAGCUCCAGCGACACCUUCCUGCGGCCCCUGGCUCACGGGGAACCCGGCAGGAACCUGCACGCUCCACUUCCUGUGUGUCUGCUGCAGGGCGGGGGUGCGCAGUCCAAGUCCCUGGACUACCUGAACCUGGACAGGAUCAGCCUGAAGGAGUCCUCGGACACGGAGGUGCUGCAGGUGCAGCUGCAGCACCUCACCCUGCGGGGGGGGGGCGUGUUCACCCGGAACCAGACAUGA